CUAUACCUCGUCUAUGGUAGAAAUCUAAUUUCACAGUGAUGUAACUGUGUCGAUUAUUAUCCGUCGUGAUGAUCGUCGUGCUUGAUCUUGUAGCCUUGGCAAGAUCAUUGCCACCAUAACGAUGGCGCGAAAAGCAAUCGGUGAUUAUGCGCGCCUCUAUUGCGGAAUGCUCUGCAUUUAAUUGUGUAUAAUGGCGCUCUACUUGUACGAAUGUGUCACCACAGAGGGCUUGAUUUGAUUAAUAAAAUGAUCGCUCAAGGAUCGCUCAUCUUAUUAGCAUAGCAUACGACCUUGUAUCUUUCGCCAUCUUACUGGCACUUUUUAUUAUUGUAUGUGAUCUUAUCGCGUUUUUCUUCGUGUUUAAUUUUCGUUCCAUUAUACUGUUCGAUUACCAUGUAUGAAUCCUUGAAAAUUUAGUUCAGUGACUCUGUCUCCACAGCCGAGUACGCGAGACUCCUUAUGCAACUAUAGUUUCCGUGUCCUUGCGUCAAUCCAGAUUUCAAUUAAGAAAUCGGGAAUCUUUUUGUUUCGCAAUUUAUCCUCAACAAUAAUUCAUCAUCAUCGUUGCAAAAAUACUAGCAGAACAAGCAAUGGAAAGUAAAGCUUUCCAUAACUCUACUGUGUUUUUAUAAUAUUCUUGUGCCUGCUGCGCCAGUUUUUUAGAGACCUAUUACCCUAUUAUCCUAGACCUCGAUAAAGCUAUAAUAAAUACUGUCUAUUUCAACUUAGCUAAUUAAAAUAGUCAAUUCCAACCUUUUGUACUUAGAAACAUUUUGAUACGUACAUUUUGUAUGGUGUGCUAACCGACAACGAGGGAACGGAUGUUGACGUCACUUUGUAGCUCUAGGAAGAGCUGGGCACACGUGUGGCGUAUGUCUACCGUAAAUAUAUUCUGCUUAAGGCUGAUGGCUAGAUUGUCCGUAGUUGAUGUCUCGAGCUCUCAUAUCAUGUCAGUUAGCUCGAGUUACCCGCGUAGCUCGCCUCGUGGAACCGUAAUCAACUUCGUCUACGUCGUCUGCCGACUGAUUAUCAAUUCAGUGUCUCCGCCUAGACAUCCCCACCCUCUGUAGGUAGAUGUUCAAUAGCCAGAAAUGGCAAAAAAAAGUGGAUCAGUGCUAUGAAAUACACUGGUGAAUUAUUCAGUUAUCCGAGUAUCAAGUAUCUGAGUUGUUCAACUAACUGAUAUUACUUAUUAUCUGUUUUCUUAGUUGAUGAAUCUCCAAUCUUCUCCGUGAAAACAUUAAUCUUCUUCCUCUGUAAAAUAUCGGAUAGAAAUAAGUACUGAUAAGGAUCUUAAAGUCGUCUAACAUCUUUGCUUUUUUUAUAACAUAUAAUAAAAUAAACUCUAUAAAUAAGUACAUAAUAAAAAGAAUUAAAAUAUCGAAAGUAUUGGAAGAUGAAAGUAAAGCUCAUCUUCGUUAAAUCAUAUAUUUCACGUUUGCGUAAGAUUUCAUUACAGAUUAUUAAAAUUAAUUUGAAGACAUCAAUAAAAUGUUUCCAGGAUAAGCAAGACAAGAUUUAGACGUACACCUGAGAUCGGAAAUAGAUACACCAGCGCCUGCGCUCCCAGCUCACCUAUUUUCACUCUUUUAACCGAGAAUCCGCGUUUGACAAAGAUUUACCUAACGAAUGCUCAUACAAACACUAUAUCCUAAAAUAAUUACUUUGUUCUUGCAAUAUAUUUGUAUAAAAUUAGAAUAAACGUUAAAAGUAACUAAUGAUAUUUAAUUAAAACUAAAUUUUCUAAAUAUCAAAUUCAAAUGUUGACCGUCAUAUCAAAAACUUUUUUUACAUGUCUUUUCUCCUCCAACUAUUUAUACAAAUAAUAUAAUUAAAUAUAUUGAAUAAUUAAAUUAAGAAAAGAAGUUAAAGUAUAGAGACAAAAAGAGAUUCCAAGUACUGUACGUGAAGUUGUUAGUUAUUUGUUCUUUCUUCUAGCAUAGAUUUUUAUAUUUUUCUGAGUCCAGUUUGAUGAACCGUUGAAUAUCGCGCAUUCCCAUCGUUGAAGCAAACCUCUUUGCAGCUCUCUCGACCGCGGAUCGAAAUGGAUUUAAAACAGAGACCAGGCCAAUCGAGCCGCACACAUUGCGCGCAAGCGCGCUUCAAUAACCUACUGUCGCAAGGAGCGCGGCUUACCUGUCGUAGUCGCAGAAAAAUGUUUUAGUAAGGUUGUAGCUUCGCUCGAUCUUCGUUGUGAGUGAUCUCUUUAAACUUUAAUUCCUACAGUAAAAUGACUCAGAUGUAAAAAGUGAAGAUUGUUGUUACGAAAUGUCAUCGAAACUCAUUGAUCCACGCUUGACGUAUGAUAAUUCGAUAUUGUUAUUAUCAUUGUAAAAACGCAAAUUUGUAAAUAUGUAUGAAAAUUUGGUGAUAAUAAUUGAAGAAGGGUAAAUGUUCCGCGCGAAAGAGAGAUUUUCCUUGAAUUAUUUUCGUGUUAAAGGAGCUUCUGGGAAAGGGGUCGUUCAUCGACUCUUUCAACUUUUUUUUUCAUAAUCGAAUCGUCCAAACAAUGCAGAUAACGAGCCUGAAAGUAUAUAAAAUUAAAGUGUAAAGAGAUUUGCGAGGAAAAAGAGAAGCGCCUGCGCUCGAUACUAACCUGCUGCGAUUUAACGUGAGUACGGAGGUACUCGAUAUACUUUCCACAUCUGCUAGGAAGUUCUUACUAAAUGUACAAACCUGUGAAAUAGUAAAAUGAUAUUAUAAUCGUAAACAAAUUCAACGAGAACCGUCAAUAUUACAUCUACAUGCAGUCCGUUAACUAACCGUAAACGAGGAACGAUAAUUAAUUUAAUAUAAAAGCUCAACACCUCCAACGGCGAUAAAUCACGAAAAUAAACAAAUAAUUAAUAGUAAAAUAAAAUUAGUUUAAGGAUAAUGUCAGAGAGUAGGCCAGCAUCUGCAUCCACCGAAAUAUUCUGGUUGGAGCCAGUGUCGAGGAGGGACGUGAGAAAUUCGCUUGACGACGUAGUUCACGGGAUUCUCAUCCCUUUGAGUUCUCCAAAAGCUAUCAGGGUAGAAUUAUGCAGCAAGAUCGUUGAGAAGAGAGGAUGCAGCUUGGAGAAGUGUCGUUGAACCGGAUUUACUCUGGUUGUUCGAUUUGGUGUUACCGUCAGCUACGUCCUCGACGUCGAGGUCGUGAGAUUCAGGAACGUCCUGGCUGGGUCCAGGGUCGGCCGCAGGAUGUUGGCGGAAAUGGUCCGACUUUCGUACCAGCAUCGAGCGUUCUACUGCUAUGUCAUUCUCAGCGUGUGGAUCUUUCUCCUCGUUGCUGGUAUGUACAAGUACAUUGGAAUAGAUGAAAAGAGCUCAGUGCAAGCCAGAGUUCUAGAUAAUGACAUCUCCAUCAGGGAAUUUCCCAGGAAUUUGAAAACCGAUAUGAGAACCAAAAAAAUAUUUCAAUUUUGUAAUCCUCCAAGUGAUAUUACAGCAGAAACAGAAGGAAAGUUGGAUGGGAAUUUGACAUUGGGAGGGAUUUUAGUAUUUGUUCGGCAUGGAGACAGGGGUCCUUUGGCGCACAUCCGAAAUAUAAGCAUUGUAAAUUGCGGUGGAGAUUUUAAUUCCAUACCUGAAUUAGAAAGUUUAUAUCAGAACUAUGUGAAUUUCUUGCAAAAUGUCUCCAGCUACUCCAGAACUGCUUGGGCACAAUUCUUGGGUCCGUUCCAUGGUUUUCCUAUGCUGCCCAGCAAUUCUAAAGAUUGCAGAAUUGGUCAAUUGACUACACUUGGCAUUGGACAAUUGUUAAAAACUGGAAUUGUACUUAGAAAUGCUUAUUAUCACAAAUUGAAUCUGGGAAAUGGUUCUAUAUCCAGCAAAGACAUUGUUGUGUAUAGCACUAGGUAUCGAAGAACAGUCCAAAGUGCAGUUGCUUUACUCUAUGCCCUACUGGAGACAGACGGUUUCCAAAAUUUAGCCAAAAUCACUAUGCAAGAAAGUCAAAGCUAUGCUUUCUGUAACACAGACUGUGCAUGUCCCGCUGCUGAAAAGUUCUUCAAACAACACCUAAAAGAAAUGUCUGAUCAUUUGAAAUCUCAUCCAGCAGUGGCUGAGCUUAUACGACAGGCUUCCAAUGCAGUCUUCGAGAUCCCUGAUCAAGCCCAAAUGACAGAUCCAAAUACUUUGAAGGAUGCAUUGUUAACAUACAUCUGCCAUGGUGCUUCCUUGCCCUGCAUAGAUUUUAACACUCAGAGGGUUUGUGUGAAGACUGAACACGUAACAGGUUUGUUCACUUAUACAGAAUGGGAGUCUAAACAAGUGGCAAAGAGCAGCAGCCGUAGAAAAUAUGGAUUGCUAAGAGCUUAUGGACUACUUCGAAAUAUCGUUUCCUACAUGCUACGAAUUAUCUCCGAGGCCAAACCCAAAAUAGUUUUAUACUCUGGCCAUGAUAAAACACUGGAAUACCUCGCAACCGCUCUUGGAAUUUUUUCUGACAAGUUGACUAUGCCACAUUAUGCUUCCCGCUUCGUAAUCGAGGUCUAUCGGAUAAAUCCGAAGAACGAAAACCAUGUAGCCAGUGAUUUCUACUUCCGGGUGGUGAUCAAUGGAAAAGAUUUCACCCAAAAAAUUCCGUUCUGUAGAAAUGCAAAUUUCUACAGUGUCAGUUACAUCGAGCGCAAUGAAGUGGAAAAAACGCGGCGAGAUUCAAAAUUGUGCCCGAUUGAGACGAUCAUCAGACAACUUCACGAUGAUUAUUUCGGACCAUUCAAUGCAACUAACUUCAAGGAUGCGUGUACCAAUCAUAAGCGCGGAUAAUUAAAAGAUCGGUUCUAAAAUUUCCAGAUAAAAAUUUGUUUAACACAUUGAUUGCCACGGUGGUCAUCGAUGACACACAUUUUACUAAAUAUUUUAGAAUGCUUAAAAUAAUAUAAAUUUCAUGGAAAAGAUUUUCAACAACGUAAAUAACUUAGAUAAUAUUAUCAGCAAAAUCCGGAAUUUUACACAAAUUCAUAUUUUUAAACUCAUAUAAAAAAUUCAUAUAUGAAUAUAAUUACAAUAAUAAAUACGAAUAUAAAUAUGAAUAUAAUUACAACAAUAAAUAAAAUACAGAUUCGGUAAAAAGUUGCUUUACCUCUGCAUUAUACUUUGGAUAUUUCGUAUAUUUUUUCAUAUCAUGUAUAUUCUGCGCAAUUUUCCACUUUCAAAUUUUCUAUAGAUGCAUAAAAAUCCGCACUCUAAUUAUCUGAAUAAAGUGCACAAAUACAAUGUAAUAUUUUGUAAAAACUAAUGUUAUGGUGUAGUACAUUUCGGAUAAAAUAUGUAAAAUUCGCGUGGCAAUCAACUUGUUGACGUUCUAGCGAGAAAUCAAAGAAAUGGAAAACAAUCCGGAACUGAAAAUUGAACAUUCUACAAGCUCCUUAUACUUAAACCGGAAACGAAACGCAACGCAAUGUAUAUUUGAAUCUUCAUACGAAUAAGUAAUAAGUCCUAACGUUUGAAUAUUUUAUGACGAAAGUAUUACAAAUUUAUGAAAACGAACUGCAACGUACGCCCAUCGAAUUUCUUUUAUCGUUAAGAAAUCGAUGCUUUAUUACGGGAAUAGCAAAGUAUAAAACAUGAAAAAAAUGAUAGUAAAAUUUGCACUGUUUAGAUACUAUGUCUUCGAACGAAUAAGAAAAAGGAAGCCUUACAUUCUUAGAUUACGUCUUACAAAAUCGAUUGUAGCUUUAAAUAUACAUAUAUAUACAUAUAAAGCUAGAUGAUCGCCAUAUAUUUUAUCACACAUCUCACUGUACAUAUGUAAAUAACUUUUGUCAAGCAGAAAUUGUGUUUAGUGUUUUCAAUGUUGUUGAGGAAAUUAUAGAAUCCUAUGUAAUUCACCGUCUUUGCCAUUGUUAAUUAGUAUCAUUUCCUCGUUAACAUAAAAUUAGUUCUCGUUAAAUUUACAAUGGACCAGAAUCUUCGUAUAAGAACGAUCAUACUUAAAGUGCUGUUAAAAUCACUUAUCUACUCACCAAAAAAUUCCACAGGUCGAGACUAGCAUCGCAAAGCUGUACAAAAUGAUAUUUAUCCAAAAAAGAUAUACGAGGCAAUGAAAUGUAAAAUGAAAUUAUAGAUACUUUCUUUUGUUAAAAUACAUACUUAUAUCGUAAACUACUA